CAUACAACACAUUGUUUUCUUAAAUGUUCGACUACAGUUGUUCUCUCGCGAGUAGUACGGGCGCCACGAGCCAUAUAUUUGCGUUUUGUUUGUGCUAUGAAUACAUUUUGCCGACGCAAUACCUUAUUUUAGAUAAAAACAUAUUGUUGCUGCUGUUGCAAUUCGUUUACAAAUAUUGUUAACCGGUUAAAAUAGGCCAUUGAGGAGACUCGCCAUAUUGCGAUAAGUGAAGCGAUAAUUUAAAUAGUAUUAACAUAUUUUUAUUUAUACAUACGUAUGCAUGUACACGUGUAUUCAAGUGUCUCAUUGCACAAACAUGAGUGAUAAUAAACGCGUUACGAAAAAAGAAUGUGAACUAAACUUGAACUGAAACGCAAAUUAUUAAUGCAAGCAAAAGCAAAUCUAAUGAAUUCGAUGCAUUUGUGUUAACCGGUAUUUGUUCGUUUACUCAUUGGCGAAGAACAUGAUGCGUUCUAACAGUCCAGCUAUAUCGGAGAUAUCCGUAGGCUCGCCUAGCCCGCCGCCCCUUCCUUUGCCCAGUUUGCACCCUCUACAUAUGAAAAGACUACGUCCGAGUGGCAGCGCCGUAAUAAAUUCGCCAACUUCCGCUCAUGGAAAUUUUCCAGCACGUAGGAAGUCAACUAUUGAGCGUGUAAAGAGUUUUUCUAUAGCCGAUAUUCUUGGCAAAAAAGAAGAACAUCCAGAAACUUCGUCUUCUAAAUCGAUCUCUAGAUCCUUAUCACCUGCACUGGUCUCGCGAUCAGAUAUUCCACAAGCAACAUUCUUACCUGUCCAGCUGAUAGCGGAACGUCUGCAACCGCCGUCAGGAUCGUCACCUUUAGCAAUGCUAGAUCUUCCAGGUGUAAAUAAAGCGGUGCCAACACCUUGGGACCAUACAAUUUUGCCAAACAAUCAUCCGAAUGCCCAUUCACCUUUAGCUUUACAUCCGUUCCUUUCUCCGGCAUUGUUACACUACGAACAGCGAUUAGCUUGGGAUUAUCAAAGGCAAUUACAAGAACACUUCCAAGCGCAGGCACAACUCUUACGACAAAUGAGCAUGGAUCCCAACAUUAUACCGUCUGAAGAUGGCUCGGAAAGAUCGCGUUCCAGUUCACCUGCCAGUCAUUCCUGUUCGCCAGAGGUUAACGUUGCUGGCGAUGAAAAUGAUGACGCGGACAGUGUUAAUCACAAAGAGUCUUUUGAUAAAAGUGAAAAGUGUGAUAACACAGUGAAGGAUAGUGACGCGAAGAAAAGGAACAAGAAUUCAAAUACACCAAAUGACACGCCCUUAGAUGCGUUAUUUCAACUUUCGACCAAAAAUUUCGAUGAAGAUCAAGAUCCCGCCACCUUAAGUAUAUUCGCUGCGCGACCCAAUCCGAAAAAGAAACGCAAAUCGCGGACAGCGUUUACAAAUCAUCAAAUAUUUGAACUGGAGAAGCGUUUUCUAUACCAAAAAUACCUCUCGCCAGCUGAUCGUGAUGAGAUCGCUGCCGGUUUGGGCCUAUCGAACGCCCAGGUCAUCACAUGGUUCCAGAACAGGCGGGCGAAACUGAAGCGUGACAUGGAGGAACUCAAAAAGGAUGUUGAAAGUGUGAAACAAUUACAAGACCAGUCAGCCGCUACCACCACGACCGCAACCAGCAGCAUCAACAACAACAACAGCAGCAGCAGCAGCAGCAGCAGCAGCAGCAGCAGCUUACGGAAAUUCAUGGUACAGCAACGACAGCAGCAAUUGUCGCUCAUGGCCACAUUUCAUUGUACACACAACCAGUUCACCCAGUUCGACUAUCACAACGACGACACCAAGAACACAAACACAAACAACAACAGCAACAUCAACAGCAACAGCAACAGCAUCCUCGCAACCAGCGGCCGACCGCAGACACGUGCAGCGAAGAUAAAAAGCCUAACAAUGCCAAUGAAGGAAGCACCAGCAACGACAACAACUUGUCAAGAGCCAGUGAUGCGGAAUCUCCACCACCACCAACACCAUCACCAACACCACCAACACCACCACCACCACCACCCACAUCAUCACGUAACCGCCCGCAAAUCAACAGCAGUCGAGGAUAAGCAAAACCUUAAGCUAUUAAAAAUGUUAACUCUAAUGCAUUACAGUCACGAAGCGAGAAAUGUCAGACAUCAACUCAUCGCACACAUUGAUAACUGAAACCGCACAUUUGGUUUGAUUCACUUCAGCACUAACUACUUAACCUAAUUUUUUGCUUUAUCUUCCGUCAUCUCCUAAAACUCCAUACACACACGCGUUCAAUAUGCAAAUUUCCAUCGUAUGAGUAAGAAAGAAAUCUAUCUUUAAUUACGCUGAAGCUCUCUUAUAG